CUCAUGGCUUAGCACUUGAAGAGCCAGUUACCUAUUGCACAAGCAGGGUUGUGCUUUCAGUUACCAGGAUGUUAGUGCUAUUAGGCUUAUAAGAAGCUGUGAUUUUUAGUCUGGGGGGUACUAAAUCCAGAGAUGGGGGAGUCCAGUUGUUCUUUUGCCUAUUUGAGGCACAAACAGAGGAUGCCGGUCAUUAAGCUUUUGUCUGACAGCAAAGGAAAUAGAAAGUUGGAGCUUGCUGAUAUUGCAGGCACUUCAGUGACCUUUCCUCAGGGGGCUGCUCCGGCUCAAAUACCAAAAGACAAUACUAUCUUGGCUUCCACAGCAUAGGAAGUUUGGAGGGAAAAGAUCCAAAGAGACAGAAAACUGGGUUGGGAAAGGGACUUCAAAACAAUCCAGCAAGAUCUCUUUUGGCAACAGAGAGAAGUGUGUAGACAAAAUACCAGAGGACGGUAGUGAAUUGCCUUGUGGCACCAUAAAGCUUAUCAGAUUUGUUUUCCUUCCCUUGCUAUCAAACAAUCCUUUUUGCAAAUCUUAGUGGCAGACGUACAGCUGGGUUGGGCUCUGUCUCAGCUCCCAGCGUCAACCUCUUUUCCUGUGGGUGGGAAUAUUUUUUUGUUAAGAAAGCAUGUUUGGGAAGAAGGGAGUGCAGGCUUGGCUGCCCGAGCUGUUCUUGCCCAUACAGGUGUGCAUAACUCACAGGCAUGCCAGACAGACCUGAGUCACGGAUAGCCCCCCCCCUGCCGGGUGCACACCUGAGCUAAAAUAAAACUGUCUCUGCCGACUUCACUUGCCUGAGAGCUGUUCCCAUUGCUGCUACGCAACUCCUCCAUAUGCCCCUGGUGAAAAAGCCAGCCAAAGGGUGCUAUCAAAAGCCAAAGCAGCAGUAAAAAGAGGGGAAAAGUUGGAAGUCAACGCUUGAUCAGAAGGGACCAGGAGCCCUGCAGAGGAAGAAAAGAAUGGACAAGCAACUAAAAAGGACAUUGCUUCGGCUGUUCCUGUUAGCACUGCUUUACACCUUGGGCCAAGGAAACAGAAUUAAUCGAUGUGUGGCUUCCAGGGCAAAAAGCUGUACUGAGUGCAUCCAAGUGAGCAAGGAAUGCACUUUUUGCAGUGAUGAGAACUUCAAAGAGAACCGCUGUGAUUUCAGAGACAACCUACUGAGAUAUGGCUGCAGCAAGGCCAGCAUAGUAUUCAUGCAAGGAGAGAUGUUUACAGAAACAGAAUUCAACAUUGAUACAUCUGUGAAGAGAACACAAGUGUCCCCGCAGAAUAUAGCAAUGAGGCUGAGAGCUGGCGAGGAAGCUAGCUUCAGCAUGGAUGUGUUUGAACCCCUUGAAUCUCCUGUGGACCUCUACAUUCUCAUGGACUUUUCCUACUCCAUGUCUGAUGACUUGGACAAUCUUAAAAAAAUGGGCCAACAACUGGCAAACUUUUUGAGGACACUGACCGAUGACUAUCAUAUCGGCUUCGGCAAGUUUGUGGAUAAAGUUUCAGCCCCACAGACAGAUAUGAGGCCUGAAAGACUGCGUGAGCCCUGGACAGAUGCUGACCCACCCUUCUCUUUUAAGAAUGUCAUCCGCCUAACCCAUGAUAUCGACAAAUUCAGCCAAGAGUUGAUAAAGGAGAGAAUAUCAGGGAACUUGGAUGCCCCAGAAGGUGGAUUUGAUGCUAUAUUGCAAACGGCUAUUUGCAAGGAGAAUAUCGGCUGGCGGGAGGACAGCACACAUCUUCUGGUGUUCUCCACUGAGUCUGCCUUUCAUUACGAAGCUGAUGGUGCCAACGUUCUUGCAGGAAUUAUGAGAAGGAAUGAUGGAAAGUGCCACUUGAACACAGCAGGCACUUACACUUUUGACACCAAGCAGGAUUACCCUUCUGUGCCUACCCUUGUCAAACUGCUGGGAUUGAGCAACAUCAUCCCCAUAUUUGCUGUCACCAACCACUCUUACGAUUAUUAUGAGAAACUGCACACAUAUUUCCCAAUCUCUGAAAUUGGGAGGCUGCAAGAAGAUUCUUCUAAUAUUGUGGAGCUGAUUCGUAUGGCUUUUGAGCGUAUUCGUUCCAAGAUGGACAUUCGAGCUUAUGGCACCCCAAAAGCUAUGAAAACAGAAAUAACGUCUAUGAAAUAUGAAAAGACAGAGUCUGGCUCAUUCAAUAUUGUCCGUGGUGAAGUGGGCACAUUCAAUGUACGUGUGAAAGCUCACGAGCAAGUGGGUGGAGAGCAUGUCUGCAAUCUCCCGGAGAAAGACCGGAAAGGUGUUUUCCAAAUUAAGCCUUCCUCUUUCAGUAACAAUGUGGAGAUUGAAGCCUCGGUCAUUUGCGAUGCCUGCCCCUGUGAAAUGCAACAGGAAGUUCAAUCGGUGAGGUGCAAUUUCAAUGGGAACUUUGUCUGUGGGCAGUGUGUUUGCAAUCCAGGCUGGCGGGGAGAUAUGUGCAACUGCUCUACAUCCUCCUCUACUGACAAUGCGGCCUGCAUACGACCAGGAGAUACAGAGCCCUGCUCGGGCCAAGGUGAAUGCCUCUGUGGGAUAUGCCAGUGCUACUCUGAGAAUCUGGCUCAGCGCUUUGAGGGCCGGUUUUGUGAAUUCGACAACUUACAGUGUACCCGUACUUCUGGAUUCCUCUGCAACGACCGGGGUCGCUGCUACAUGGGCCAGUGUGCAUGUGACAGUGGUUGGGAAGGCCCUGGCUGUGAAUGUCCCACAAGCAACGAAACUUGUGUCACUAGUAAUGGGAUGAUUUGUAACGGGCGUGGGAAAUGUGAAUGUGGCAGAUGCAUCUGUGAUAACCCUAUCCUCUACAUUGGACCCACCUGUGAAGUCAGUUACAGCUUGGGCUUUCAGCGUGUGUGUGGAGAAGAUAUCCGAAGCUGUGUUCAGUGCCAGGCUUGGGGGACUGGAGAGAAGAAGGGACAGAAAUGUUCAGGCUGCCCUUUCAGGAUCAAACUGGUGGAUGAACUGAAACAAGAGGAAGAUAUAAAUACGAUUUGUUCCUUCCAAGAUGAGGAAGAUGACUGCAUGUACCGCUACACCAUGGAAGAGGAUCCUAACCCACAGGAAAAUGGCACUGUUCUUGUGCAAAGGAAGAAAGAGUGCCCACCAGGAAGCUUCCUUUGGCUUAUCCCUUUACUCAUUUUACUGAUGCUACUCCUGGGAUUGCUGCUGCUGCUGUGCUGGAAGUUCUGUGCUUGUUGCAAGGGUUGCCUGGCUCUGCUGCCCUGUUGUGCACGAGGCCGCACUGUUGGUUUCAAGGAGGACCACUAUCUGCUCAGGCAGGGUCUCAUGACCUCGGACCACCUGGACACUCCUAUGAUGCGCAGUGGCAACUUGAAAGGCAGAGAUACAGUCCACUGGAAGAUCAACAACAACGUCCACAAGCAAGGCUUCUCUUCUUCAGCUCUCAAUCCCAAGGACUUGAUUCCAUAUGGAGUGUCUCUCAGACUGGCCCGGCUCUUCACCCAGAACCUUGCAAAACCAGAUAGCCGGGAGCGUGAGCAACUGCAAAAGGAGGUGGAGGAGAAUCUCAAUGAGGUUUACCAGACUAUCCCAGGUACCCACAAAUUUCAGCAGACAAAAUUCAGGUUACAGCCAAAUGCUGGGAAGAGACAGGACCACACAAUCGUGGACACGGUGUUCCCUGCUCCCCGCUCUGUCAAGAAUGAGAUUGUGAGAGUAACAGAGAAGCAUGUCUCUCAAGAGGCUUUCAAUGAUCUGAAAGUGUCACCUGGUUAUUACACUAUAAUCUCAGAUCAAGAUGCCCAUGGCAUGGUAGAGUUUCAGGAGGGAGUGGACGUGGUGGAUGUCCGGGUUCCUCUCUUCAUCAGGGAAGACGAUGAUGAUGAAAAGCAGCUGCAGGUGGAGGCCACUGAUGUCCCUGUGGGAACUGCAGAGAUUGGACGCCGGCUUGUCAACAUCACCAUUAUUAAAGAGCAAGCCAACAGCAUCAUUAGCUUCCAGCAGCCAGUUUAUUCAUAUAGCCGCUUUGACCAAUUGGCUAAAAUCCCUGUUCUUCGUGAGAUACUGGACAAUGGGAAGUCUCAGAUAACAUACAGGACACGGGAUCUCACCGCCCAGGAAGGCAAAGAUUACGUUUUUGCAGAAGGUGACUUGGUCUUCCUGCCUGGAGAGAAACGGAAAGAGGUUCAAGUGAAAUUGCUAGAGUUGACCGAGAUAGAUGCCCUUCUUCACAAUCAGCAGCUGAAACAGUUUGUGGUGGAUCUCAUCAACCCCAGGUUCGGUGCAAAAGUUGGCAAAUACCCUCAAACCAUUGUGACGAUUGCUGAUCCAGAAGCUGUGGAUGGUGUACCACCAGCAGUAGGUCUUGGUCAGCUUCCACAGUCUUCCAGACUUGGAGCACCCCUGAAUCCAAAUGCACAAGCACUCAGUUCUAGGAAGAUCCGAUUCAACUGGUUACCACCUCCUGGCAAACCUGCAGGGUACAAGGUGAAAUACUGGAUCCAAGGGGACCCUGAAUCAGAGGCUCACUUGCUUGAUUCCAAGGUGCCAUCAGCAGAGUUGACUAACCUGUACCCGUACUGUGAUUAUGAGAUGCAGUCCUGUGCCUACAAUGCUAUGGGCGAGGGGCUUUACUCUGAAGUGGUUCACUGCCGCACACUUGAGGAUCUUCCUAGUGAGCCUGGACGUUUGGCUUUCAAUGUAGUUUCCUCCACUGUGACGCAGCUGAGCUGGGCUGAGCCUGCUGAGACUAAUGGGGUCAUCACAGCCUAUGAAGUCAGCUAUGGACUCGUCAAUGAGGAAAACAGACCCAUUGGGCCAGUAAAGAAAGUCAUGGUGGAGGACGCCAAGAAGCGAAUGGUUCUGAUUGAAAACCUACGGGAAUCGCAGCCCUAUCGCUAUACAGUGAAGGCCAAAAAUGGAGCUGGAUGGGGUCCUGAACGAGAAGCUACGAUUAACUUGGCCACACAACCCAAGCGCCCUAUGUCCAUUCCCAUCAUCCCUGAUGUGCCGAUUAUUGAUGCAGAAGGAGGCGAGGACUAUGACAGCUACCUGAUGUACAGCACAGAUGUCCUGCGCUCACCAGCUGGUAGCAAGCACCCCAGCGUCUCAGAUGAUUCUGGCUCUCGGUGGAAAUAUGUGCAGCUGCUGGGGGAGGAGCUGGACCUUCGUCGCGUCGCCUGGAGGCUCCCAGCAGAAUUGAUCCCUCGUUACUCGGACAGCAGCUGCUUUUCCUCGGACACAGAGGGUCUCCUCCAUGAGGAUAGCACCCCCUCUGAGCUAGUGGACAGUGAUGCAGCCAGCAGCAGUCUACCAAGGAGUGGGACUCCCCGGCCCCAACCAGAACACAUGAUGAAUGGCCGAAUGGACUUCACCUUCCCUGGCAGUGGUGGAAGCCUGACCAGGAAUGUGACUUCAAGCUACAGCAACCAUCUAAGUCCACACGUAUACCAUGACAGAAGGGUAAUAGGAAACUCGUCUCAGACGAGGGAGUAUGCCACGGUGAUGUCUGGGCAUGACCAGUACAGAAGGAUAUUUCCUCCCAUACAUGAAGAUGCUGGGAGGAUGGUCCUGAUGCCACAGGAAGUGUGCUUCAGGAGGGCAAUGGAGAAGGGUUACCAUGGCGAUAGUGAUGCUCGGGAUUCUAUAGUCAUAACUGAUGGUCCCUAUUGGAUUUCCAAAUAUCUAGAUUCCAGGAUGCAGCUGGGUGUUCCUGAUACUCCUACCCGCUUAGUGUUCUCUGCCCUGGGGCCUACUUCACUGAAGGUCAGCUGGCAGGAGCCACACUGUGAUAAAGAAGUGCAAGGAUAUAGUGUACAGUACCAGCUCCUCAAUGGAGGAGAGAUUCAGAGGCUCACAAUUCCAAACCCUAAUCAAAACUCGGUGGUGGUGGAUGACCUACUGCCAAACCACUCCUAUGUCUUCAAAGUGAAGGCCCAAAGUGAUGAAGGAUGGGGUCCAGAAAGAGAAGGUGUGAUAACUAUUGAGUCACAAGUGGAUCCCCACAGCCCUCUGAGUCCUGUUCCAGGUUCACCAUUUACCUUGAGCACUCCUAGCGCCCCAGGGCCUCUGGUGUUCACAGCCCUGAGUCCAGACUCUCUUCAGCUGAGCUGGGAGAGACCCCGCCAACCCAACGGGUUGAUUCUAGGCUACAUGGUCACCUGUGAGACACUGCAUGGUGGAGGGGAGCCCAGGAAUAUCUAUGUAGAGGGUGACAACCCAGAGACCACCCUGACAGUGCCCUACCUGAGUGAAAAUGUUCCAUAUAAGUUCAAAGUUCAAGCAAAGACCACCCAAGGCUUCGGGCCUGAAAGAGAAGGCAUUAUCACUAUUGAAUCUCAAGAUGGAGGUUCUUUCUCUCAGUUUGGAACACAGCAAUUCACCAGAGAGGAGGUCUACAAUCUCCCCACAGAAUAUAGCACCCAAACCAGCAUCACUCACUCCCCACUGGAUCCUUUAUACGCAGAUGGUAUGCUGAUGACCACUCAGCGAGUGGAGAGUGGCAGCACCCUCACCAAACAGGUCACCAAAGAAUAUGUCACCAGAACCAUGAUGUCUAACAGCAGUGGGACAUUCUCCAGACAGACAGAGAGGCAAUUCUAUGAAGCUUGAGUCAGAUAGGAAGCUGCUAAAGGGACACUUGGAUUUCAAUAAGUGGUGAUCUCAAGUAGGCCUGUUCUAUGGUCAACUCCCACACUGAGGUUCGUGGUGCCUACUGCAUUGCACCAGCACUAAAAGCACUGGACUUUGCUUUGAAAUACCACAGGGUCGAGGCUAUACGCAUCUGGGGUGGUACCCUAGGACAUUACAAAGAGAAUUUUUAGCAAGAUGCUUGGCUGUGAAGGGCUAUUGGUUAGUUCCAUUGGAGUCGAGCACCUGACUCUUUCGUGCUUUACUUGGCUGCUAUUCAGUAUCAUCUGGAAGUUUAACUACACAGGACUUUGUUUUUUUAAAUUCCCACUUCUCACCAGAUCUUUUUCACUUUUGCUACUUGUUUUAUUUUGAUCCAUUCCCAUGCUAGUCUCCUCCCUGUCAAACAUUUCUAAUAUCAACAAAUGGCAUCUGCUAUGCUCCAGUAGAAAAACAACAAAUGUUGUAAUUUUGUCCUUUUUAUAAGUAUACCCCUUGAAAUGCAGGAGAGGAGUGUUAUCCUGAUUGUUACUACACUGGUGUGUAAAAUCCACUGCUGGUCAAGUGUGGUGCUGAAGUAGUUCAUGAACUUGCAUAGCACCACCCACAAUGCAUUGUUCCUUAUAAUAUUAUGCUAUGUUUCUUAAAAUAUCAUCUGUAUGCAUAACAUGUAUUUUGUUUUACAGAAUCCUUUAUCCCAGAAGUAACAAGGAGCCAACAUUCUGGCACUAAGCCUCAGCUCCCUACCAUAGAAUACAUAUUUGGCAUGGCAUUAUUAUAAAUGAGUGCCUUUGCUAGAGGAAUCCCCUGGAAUGAAGUAAUUUCAUUUUGAAUAACCAAAAUCAACAUUCGAGUUCUACCUGUGGCUCUCCUUCUCCUCUUCUUCCCAUGGUGGCUCAUUGGCCUGUAUCAGCAUCCCAUGUUGAUUUACAUCAUUGGGUCUUAUCAGUCUCCAGGUGUAGCAAAGUCAUCAUUUCAGGCUGUCCUUCCUGCCUCUUCACCAGUGGCAGCUUAGUUUAAUUGCCUGUGAACUAUAUCUUCCAGAACCUGUAUAACACAGCUCUACCUUUCAUUCAGUCACAUUGCAUUGAUACUGUAGUCAACUUCACUACAGUAUCCACAAGGCAGUGCCACUGUGAGGAUCCUCCCACUUCUUUUUGCUGCAUGUGUAGAUGCAGCCUGAUAUGUAGAAGCAGUGGCUUGUCCAAAAUUACCUGAGGAUACAAAGUAGCAGGGUUGGGGUAUGGCUAUCAAGAGGAAACUAAAGGCAGAAUUAAGGUAGGAAUUGAAUACACGGAAUUCUGACUAGAGACUGAAGCUGUCCAACCACAUGCCCUUGUUACACUCAGUUCUCAGUAUGUGAAUCACUUCUUAGAAGGGAAAAAGUCUUUUGCUUGUUUGCAUCUCUUUAUUUAUGUAUAUGCACAUUUAAGAAAGACAACUAGAACAAUCUCUGAAACAGUCUUUUGGACCAACACUUUACUCCUCACUAAAAGGCAAUUGAAAGCCAGAGAGAAUUGACUGAAGCAGACAAGUAAAUUGAUCCCUGUUAGGGCACUGAUUUAUCACACUGUGUGUGUUUAGUAGCAUUGGAAGAAUUUUAAUUUAAGGCCAUUAUUUCCCAUCUUGCAUGGUUGCCCCCAUAAUGCAAAGGUUUUCAAGCCAUGUUCCAGGGCACCCUCAGAAUUUUAUCAGGAAUUCUUCAAUGAAAAGACCAGGCAUUUCCCUAAAAGGCAACUCACCCACUAGUGACAAUCUUCUCGCAAGGUAACAGCAAGUCAGCCUCGGCAGUCCCUCCACAUGAGCUGAACAUGCACCCUACCUGCAACAUGCCCCAGAAAUAUUUGCAAUGCAUUGGGGUUCUGUGGCAGAUGUCAGCUGCUUCCUCAGCAGGCAAGUUAAUGUGGAAAAUUCGCUGAAGGCAGAAAGUUUGAAAACCAUUGGUUAUGGAAAUCAACACAGCUGGAACAAUUCAGACCCUAUAGCUCUUGCCCUUCAAUUCUCUUUUGACCAGCUUUGCCCUAGGAUCCUGGAUCAUGUGCACUACCAACAGAGGAUCAACUAUGAAUAUUUUUGUCUUAGUUAAAACUGGGGGAAACUCAAAAGAAUUAAGGACUGCUGUGGCAUAAUUUUAGAAGCUCAGGUAGUUGGUGCCUUUCCUUUCUCCACACUAUACAGUCAGGUUCCUUGAAAUCCAAUUUUGGAUUUUUCUACCAACCCCUUCACAGCAACAGGGUGAAUUAUCUAAAGCUCCCUGGACCUUCUUACCCAAAAGGGAUGAUUUCUUCAUGGGAUACCAUAGAACUCAGCCAAUAAAAUAAGUUAUUUCAAGGCUUCUUUGUAUUCUGCUCAGAACAGUUGUGUUAUUGGAAACAGCUAUGCUAUGUGUCUCUAGAUCUUACAUGACAUCCUUUUUGUGAAGUCACGUUCCCCCUAGUCACAAGCCCUUGUUACUUAUUACAGUGCUUUUUACUGAAGGAGCAUCACAGGCUUUAAUCUUAACCAAAGAGCCCAUUAAAGGUGUCUAACAGGCCAGAUUUCAGCAGCAGAGUGGUUCUAACACAAGUUUAAAAAGGGAUUGCAUGUUUUCAAUCACAUAAUAGAGGAACCACAAUAGAAUGUAAGUUACAUUUUGUAGCCUAUUAUGGCAUGCAGAGGUUGGUGGCCUUCAAUACGUCUGUGAUGUUUUGACAGCUGGCAUUCUGGACCAGAUGGCUUUCUAUUGCACUUAAUAAACAUUUUUCUCUAUGAUCA